AUGGCACGGAUGUGGUUGUCCAGACCUUUGAUUAUGACGCUGGUGGCAGCCAUUGUCGUCUUUUUACGCCGCCGCCGACAGUAUGGCGCAGUCAUCCAGUGGGACAAGCGCCCCCUCUACGUGCCGAACUUCCGCAAGGAUCUCAGCGAAAGAGCUCGGGCUUUCGAUGGGGGCAUCGUGCAGAUGCUGGUUCAGAACAACUCCCGCAUGACGAAUCGCCGCAUCCGCUUCGACCUGAAGCUCCGCUUGGAGGACAUCCCAAAGGUGCCAGAGAUCGUCAAUGAGAUCAAGAACAUGAUCGAUACGCAUCCCGAAAUCGACAGCAUCACUCAUCGCCUCGUCCGUUGGCGACAGGUCGGCGACUACUACGCCAGCAUUUGGCUUUCCUGCUAUACGAAGUCCACAGAGCAGGGGAUCAAGCUGCAGCACUACAUUGCUGUCGAGCAAUCUGUGCUGGAGCGCUGUGCGGCCAUCAUCUACCGCCAUGGUGCUGACUUCGCGGCUUCCACAGAACUGUCUGUCAAAGGCGCGGCCGGCGGCCUCGAGGCUCAGUCGGAGGAGGAUUCCAAGAUCACUCUUCGGGUCGCCGAGGCCAACAAGGAGGGCACCGAGGCGCACCGAACCAGCCGGGAGCGCGAGCUCCAAAACACCCGGGAGGCGGUCCUGAAGGACAAGGAAGAAAAGCUCCGGGAACGUGAGCUGGAGGUCGAGAGGACAGAGAAGGACUUCAAACGUCGGGAGCAGGAGUUGGAAGAGCGUGAGCUGAAGCUACAGGUAACCAUGGAUGUGGCGGCAGAUGCGGAGCAUGACGAGGAGGAGGACGCGCCUGAGGUCAAGCGGGAGGCGCCCGUGGAAGAGCCGGAAAUCGGCAACUGA